AGUUCCGGCAUCUUCCUCGCGGCAGACAUGUUGUCGGCUUUCUGGUGGGAUCAUCUGAGCAAAAGCUCGGGGUUGCUGAACGGUUCCUAGGUGGCGGAAGCGGGAGGGUGCGGGAAGAGACGCUGUUCGCCCUGCAGAGUGACUCGCCAGCGAAGACCCCCGCCUCCGCCCCCGGGGUCGCACCAUCGCGGUCCCAGGGUUCCGCGACCUGGGUGUACCUCGCGGCUUGGUGCGGUCUACGAACUGUGAUGGCGGCGGCCGCGGUGUUGGGCCUGGCGCAGGUCCUCUGUCGUUGAUGAACUGUAACAAGAGAGAGAACUCCAGUUGCCUAACUGAAGAGGGCAUGACUCUAGUCACAGCAGGAGGGGCUUGGGCAGGCCCUGGUUGUUGGCAUGGAGUGAAGGAUGAGGAGGCAUCUUCUGAACAGAGCGUUUCUAUAGCAGUGUCACAUGUUAAUACUUCCAAGGCAGGUUUGUCCAUACAGACAGCUCACCGUUGUGAUAUAUGUGGUCCCAUCUUGAAAGAUAUUUUGCACCUGGAUGAACACCAGGGUACACACCAUGGACUGAAACUUCACACAUGUGAGGCAUGUGAGAGACAAUUCUGGGUCAGUGCAAACCUUCACCAGCACCCAAAGUGUUACAGUAUAGAGAAACCCUUAAGAAGAGAUGAAGGUGAGGCCUCAUUUGUGAAUAACUGCACAGUUAGCAAAGAACCUCACCCUUCAGAAAAGCCCUUUGCCUGUAAGGAGGAGAAGAAAAACUUCCAGGCUGCUUUGGGUGCUUGCCAACAAAAGGCCACCCGAAGCAAGAGGAAGACACACAGGAGCACAGAGAGUGGGGAUGCAUUUCAUGGUGAACAAAUGAAUUACGAGUGCAGUGAAUGUGGAAAGGCUUUCAGCCGCAAAGACACACUUGUCCAGCACCAGAGAAUCCAUAGUGGAGAGAAGCCUUACGAGUGCAGCGAAUGUGGAAAAGCCUUCAGCCGCAAAGCUACACUUGUCCAGCACCAGAGAAUCCAUACUGGAGAAAGACCUUAUGAGUGCAGUGAAUGUGGAAAAACCUUCAGUCGAAAAGACAACCUUACUCAGCACAAGAGAAUCCACACUGGAGAAAUGCCUUAUAAGUGCAAUGAAUGUGGGAAAUAUUUUAGCCAUCACUCCAAUCUAAUUGUACACCAGAGAGUUCACAAUGGAGCAAGGCCUUAUAAGUGUAGUGAUUGUGGGAAAGUCUUUAGACACAAAUCUACACUUGUUCAGCAUGAAAGUAUUCACACUGGAGAAAAUCCUUAUGAUUGCAGUGAUUGUGGGAAAUCCUUUGGCCACAAAUACACCCUCAUUAAACAUCAGCGAAUUCACACUGAGUCAAAGCCUUUUGAGUGCAUUGAAUGCGGGAAAUUCUUUAGUCGAAGUUCUGACUUUAUUGCACACCAGAGGGUUCACACUGGUGAAAGGCCUUUUGUAUGCAGUAAAUGUGGGAAAGAUUUUAUCAGAACCUCCCACCUUGUUCGGCACCAAAGAGUUCAUACUGGAGAAAGGCCAUAUGAGUGCAGUGAAUGUGGGAAGGCCUACAGCUUAAGCUCCCACCUUAAUCGGCACCAGAAAGUUCACACUGCAGGCAGGCUCUAGGAGUCUUUGAAUACAACAGAACUCAUCAGUCAGAUGUUGAACUUCAUAUAUCUGAACAUUAACACAAGGGAGACACCUUAUGGUGUCAGGUAUGUAGGAAGCAUCUAGAGAUAUGUUGCACUUCCUGACCUGCUCAGGUUUUUUGCCAGAGUUACAUCACUGUCAAUGCCUGUGGCCAAAACCGUCUGUAUCAGCUUAGAUACCCCAGCAUUGGGGAAGGCAGUGUUUUAUAUUCUCCAGUCCCUGGAGAAAAUCAUGAAAUGCCUGAGUUCGUUGGGGGUGCCCAUUCCCUUCUGUGUGACAGGUAUAGAUAUGGACAUGACCCAUCUUUAGCCAAGAAGGUCUGAGCUAUAUCUGCUGGUGGCUUAUGCAGAAGGUUUACUUUCUUCAUGGAUAGUCCUGGUCUCACAUACUUGUAAUGAAUUUUUGCAGCCUCCAAGUCCCCUGGCCUGGGAAAGUAUUUGCCUCAUGUUGCUCUGGUUUGUGAUAAUAAAGGCCUUACAGUUGAAGCCACCUUUAA